GCGCCAAUGUGGAUACUAGAAAGCAGCUCUGGUUCGACAAAUGGAAAUCGCUAUAAAGAAGUAGUGGAACUCUUGAUCUGUCAAGAAAUCCAUUGACGUUUUACUUUACGUCACGGUUUAUUUUUAUUGUUUGAAAAUACAAGAAGUCAUCUUUAAUUAUUUUAUUUUUAAUUAAAAUAUAUAAUAAAUAGGUAAAGAAUGUCCGUACAAAUACUACACUCUGAUGCUAAAAGGGCAGUAUCUCAACUGGGCGACUUGUCGAAUGAGGAAUUAGAUGAAAUUUUGAAUAAUGAAGAGAAAAUUGGUGAAAUCAUCGGGAACAUUGAAAAUUCCUAUCUAAAAGAACUACAAGAAGAAAAAGAGAAUAUAAUAGCUCAAAAUAAUUCAAUGGCCGAAAGCAAUCUUUCCAGAGAACCUGAACUGGUUGAAGGUAGAGAAAAGCUUAAAUCAUUAUAUGAUGAGAUUGAAAAGCUUACAAAAGUUGUUAAUGAAAAAACCACAGAAUUACGUGAUAAAGGUGGCGAUAUAUCUCUAGAAACAGCUCUAGCCCUACUCCAAACCGCAGCCAGUGAAAUGGAAGAAGAAUCGGACAAAUCGGCCAAAAAAUUCUUAGACAGUGAAGCGGAACUUGACCAAUUUUUAGAGGAGUUUCAAAUAAAACGCAAAUUAAUGCACACAAGACUAGUAAAGGCUGAUAAGCUAUCAAAAAUACUUCAACGUGGUGAUGCUGCUAUAGGAAUGGGUCUGCCUAGUUACAUAAACGCACCGCCAGUUAGUUUAAAUAAAGGAUACUUUCCUGGUGUACCCAACUUGCCUGUGUCACCCUCUGCAAUUGGAUCAGUACCUUAUCCUGUAGGACCUUUAAAUAUGCCUAUGCCUGGCGGAAUAAAUUUCUACCAGAACUAUUAGACUUUUGAUCAAGAAAUGUGACCUUUUAUUAUUAAAAUUAUGCAGUUGUGACUGUUUCGCCUGCCUUUAAUUAAUAAGCUGUAUAUUUUUUUUAUAUAAUUCCUUAUUUUUGUGUUAUGUACCGACUAGGUUUUUAAAAAAUAAGCUACACAUAGUUUUGUCUAAUAAAAAUAUAUCUUUAUGUUAUAUAGGAGGAUUU